AUGGCGAGGGGAAAUGAGAUUACCAAUUCUGCCUUUACUGAAAUGUUGCCGCCGUCUGUAUCGUUUUCAUCUCCAAAAGAAGGCGUGAGCUACGAGGUAUUCAUAAGCCAUCGUGGCCCUGACACCAAGGAAACCCUAGCCGCCUCAAUCUACCAUGCCCUCAAACUCAUGGGACUUCAAGUUUUCUUAGAUAAACCGGAGUUUGAACUUGGUAAUUCCAUACCAUCUAAAAUACUAGAGGCUAUCUGUACCUCUUUCCUUCAUGUUGCUAUCCUUUCACCCGGAUAUGCAGAAUCCACUUGGUGUCUGGAAGAGUUGUCUCUAAUGCUCAAAACUGGGCAGACAAUCAUUCCUGUCUUCUACAAUGUUAAUCCCAGUGAUAUCCAUUGGAUUUCUAAGGAACCCUUUGCUGAAGCAUUUUGCAAGCAUGAAGCCACGAAGAGAUAUAGUCCAGAGAAGGUUAAGGAUUGGAAGUCGGCGCUGCAACAGGUUUCAUAUCUUAUAGGCCCCAUUGUCAACAGUGAGGAGUAA